CCGGUUCCUCUCGCGCGUGUAAAUGAAACCUUUUUUUAAAAAAACACGCGUUUACACUUUUAACAACCUGAAUACAAUUUGUUUUUUAUUUUAUUAGAAGCCGCAAAGCAGAGGAAGCUCAAUGUAAAUCAAAUCUUACAGCUUCGCCUCGGACAGUUUCCUCGUAUUUACAUUUCGAAGCAUCAUGGCAGCAGAGGAUCCCUGCUCGGAGUUCUCAGACUUGGAGCCGGACUCGUCCACGUGUGCUGGUUUGAAGCAGGAGAAACAGAUGUGUGCUUCACAGAGGAGAUUCUACAGCUUCUGCAGGAGGAAGUCAUUUGCUGCCUUUGUGACGUCCAAGAGCGACGGCAGUCAGGAGGACGGAAGUGCAUCUUGGUGCUGCUGCGGCCAGACCUUCAGGGAACACUCGGCUAUUCACAAACAUGUGGCCAGAACUCAUGAGGGGGAAAUAAAGCAGCUGACACAGAAAACAUAUGAGGGUUUAUUAAGCCAACUGGAGGAACAACCUGAAACACGGCAACCAAACGAGCGCAAAGCCGAGGCGGUGGAUAUUUCUGCAUGGAUACCCGACACCAGCCACAUUUCUGAGGAGCAACUUCAGAAGGGUCCAGGAAAGGUUAUCCUCUUUUAUCACUACUGUCAAGUGGAGGAUCCGCAGGUCAUCUGUGCUUGGCAGAAAGCUUUGUGUGAAAAGCUCCACCUAACUGGCAAGGUGAGGGUGGCGUCCGAGGGCGUUAAUGGAACAGUCGGUGGCACCAACGUGGCAACAGAUAUUUACAUUAACGCAAUGUGUUCGCAUCCUGUCUUCAGGAUGGAGAGAGAGGAUUUUAAGACCAGUGAUGGUGGUGCAGAGUGUUUCACAGACCUCAGGGUUGGAGUCUAUAAAGAAAUCGUCCCCAUGGGAGUGGAUCCCGAGGUUAUCUCCUACCGAUUAGCAGGAAUUCAUUUGGAGCCUGAGGAGUUUCACAAAGAGGUGGAGGCUCUUUUGGUCAAAGGGGAUUUGUGCACUGACACAGUUCUCCUCGACUGCCGCAACUUUUAUGAGAGUAAAAUUGGGCAGUUUACUCAGUGUCUGGCCCCAAACAUCCGUAAGUUCAGCUACUUCCCCGACUACAUCGACCAGAACCUUGAACUGUUCAGAGAUAAAAAGGUCCUCAUGUACUGCACAGGAGGGAUCCGCUGUGAGCGAGGCUCUGCCUACCUCCGCUCAAAAGAUGUGUGUAAAGAGGUUUACCAGCUGAAAGGUGGAAUUCACAAAUACCUGGAGCGUUUCCCAGAAGGUUUCUAUCGCGGAAAACUUUUUGUGUUUGAUGAGCGUUACACCAUCUCCUCCAACAGAGACAUCAUCUCAGACUGCAGGUACUGCGGCAGUCCAUGGGACCAGUACAAGCUCUGCUCCACCCAGUUCUGCUGCCAGCUGGUUCUGUCAUGUCCCAGCUGCAGACGGGACGGACACACCUCCUGCUGCCCCACCUGCCAAACCAAAGGACGGGCUCAGAGCGAGGCAUCCCCCGCCGCUCCACAUCAAAAAGAGGAGUGCGAGUGCACAGACGGGCGUCCCAGAAUCCCUCAGGAUGUGUAACUUUACAGUGGAUGUGAUCGAACAUGAUUUCUUAUGGUCACAUGAAAAAUUCUGCAUUUCCAGGGACAGUAAAUAUUAUAUAUUAAUUAAUGAGAAUAUUUUAAGUCAUACAUUUUUUGUAUGAAUUUGGGGUUUAAGUAAUCUGUGAAUCUGAUGUUAAAUGAUAAAACAGUUGAUUCGUAUUUUAAUGAAAACACACGUGUAUAAUACGCCUGCAGAAUCCACUGAUUUUUAACUGGAAAGUCUUAUCAUGAAUAAAUAAUGCCCCAAGGGAUUUUGAUCUUA